AUGGCGCUACAUGACACCAAUGCCGCCACGGGCAUUGCCCGGCAGCCCUCGCACAUUUUCAAGAACAACAGAAGCUGUGACCAAUCGGGCUCUGUGCCAGUCACUACACGACGACGCAUCGUACACCUGCACGGGAACACCUACCACCAUGAUCGUCAAGAGCCCGAUUCUCCCAAAUGCGGAUCUUCUGGCCCAGAGCCGCUAGAGGAAUUCCUCGAUGCCAAGAUUCCCACCUCGAAGAGUCUUCCUGGCAUUUCUUUUGAUCCGAAGGCUUUGAAGAGAAGGUAUGUUGAAGAGCGCGACAAACGGCUUCGAGAGGCCAAGACGCUCGGUGGUCUGGAUCAAUUUCAACUAGUUGAGACGAAUGGGCCCUUCGCAGACUAUCUGCAAGAUCCCUGGGCAGACCGAGCUUUCAAUCGAGCCCCUGUCACCGAGGACCUUGACGUCCUGAUCCUCGGUGGUGGAUACAGUGCACAAAUUGUGGCCUCCAAGCUACUGAUGAGGGGAGUUUCCAAUUUCAAGCUUGUUGAUAAGGCUGGUGACUUCGGUGGAACAUGGUACUGGAAUCGCUUUCCAGGAGCACAGUGCGACAUUGAGUCCUACAUUUAUAUGCCCCUCCUCGAGGAGACAGGCUAUAUGCCAACAGAGAAAUAUGCCCGUGGCAAAGAGCUGCUCGCGCAUGCCGAGCGACUCGGUCGCCAUUAUGGACUCUAUCCAAAGGCCCUAUUCCAGACGGAAGUGCAGAGUAUGCAUUGGAACGAACAGGAAUUGCUGUGGACCAUCAAGACCAACAAGAAUGACAAGAUCCGGGCGAAGUUUGUAAUUCCAUGCGCUGGACCGCUCCAUCGUCCUAAACUUCCGGGCAUCCCAGGAAUGGACCGCUUUAAAGGCAAAGCAUUCCACUCGUCACGAUGGGACUAUGACUACACUGGUGGCGACUCAGCUGGUACCUUGUAUAGACUGCGCGACAAGCGAGUGGGAAUCAUUGGCACAGGGGCAACUGCAGUCCAGAUUGUUCCUCACCUAGCUGAGUGGUCCAAGGAGUUAUAUGUCUUUCAACGAACUCCUUGUUCGGUUGGAGUCAGAGGCAACAAGCCAACUGAUCCAGCAUGGGCAGAGUCCCUGAAGCCGGGAUGGCAGGCACACCGGACUGUCAACUUUAACAAUCUCUGUAACGGCAUGCCGGAAGAGCAAGAUUUAAUCAACGACGGCUGGACCGAUCUCUUGCCUGAUAUUUUCGGCCAGCAGAACCCCGAUCUAAGCCCUGAUGAAGCUGCAGCAGCACGCCAACUCAUCGACUACCAGAAGAUGGAAUCUGUCCGGGCGCGAGUAGAUAGAGAAAUCGAAAACCCCAGGACGGCAGAAUCUCUGAAGCAUGCAUUCAACCGUCCAAAUGUCUACUUGAUCGACACCAAAGGCAAAAGUCUGAACGGCGUGGACGAAACUGGAGUACUAGCAAACGGUGAGCACUAUCCAGUUGAUGUUCUUGUGUACGCCACAGGAUUCGAGCACAGUACCUCAUUCUCCCACCGCGCCAAUCUGGAAAUCUACGGCCGGAACGGCGUCUCGUUGACUGAGGCCUGGAAAGAAGGGCCACGCACUAUGCACGGCUGGAGUGCACGGAACUUUCCGAAUUGCUUCUUCAUCCACAACAUUCAGGCUACGCUUACGCCCAACUUCAUUCAUGCGGCGAGUGAGACUGCGACACAAUUGGCGUAUGUGGUCUCAGAGUGCCAAAGCCGUGGCAUCAAGAGUAUCGAGCCGCUUGCUGAGGCUGAGGAAGCCUGGGUCAACACCAUUGUCGACCUUGCUACCAAACGCCUUCAGUUUCUUGCUGAGUGUACGCCAGGGUACUACAAUAAUGAAGGCGAGGUCAAUCUCUUGGCGGCCAGGGAGUCGGGGUAUGGCGGUGGUGCGCCAGCGUUCAUGAAGCUUAUGAGUGAGUGGAGGGAUGACGGUAGCAUGAAAGGAAUGGAACUCAAGUUCUGA